ACCGAACGUCUUACGGUCACACUAUUGUGCAAAAAAAAUAAGAGCGCGUGGUAUUUUCUGCCGCACGCUUUAUAUUUCGCCACUUGGAGCAACGCUUUGCGGCGUUUAACCCAACCAACUAACUAGUUAAGCGGCUAGUACCAGCUGCCGAGUGAAUCGCAUCAAAUGUCUGCGGGCAAUGAAAGCGAGGAGGAGGCCGCAGUGGCUGCUGCUGCGGCUGAACGCGAGGCGACGCUGAUGGCCGAGGCCGUAGCUGUGGCGUAUCAGAGCGAGGACGAGGCGCAGGAGCAGGCUGCCCAGGCCGAUGGAGCAGCCGACAACCAAGAAGGGGCGGAGAACGAGGGCGAAGAUGAAGCCAUGAGCGAGAGCGGUGAUGGUGACGGUGACGGCGACGGCGAUGGCGACGACGAGAAUGCGGAAAAUGGUAGCAACGACAGUAAUUCCGCCGAGGGCGGUGGAAAUCCAGAGGAAACUGCUGCCGCCGAUCGCCGUCAGGCCACCAAGAAGGAGCUUACAACAAUCAUUGACAAGUGGGAGCAGCAGCAGACACAAAACGGCUACGAUCCCAUACCCACUUUGAGGAGCCUGGCGGAGAUCUUUGAACGCGAGAAGGAUGUGUAUCGGCGCAAGGACCCGGAUCCGCUAGACACGCGUCAUCCCUACCGAGCAGAUCCCAGCUGCCAGUACGGACUGCUGCUGAAGCUGCUUUUCCGCAAGGAUACGUUCAUGAGCAAGCUUCUCAACGAUUAUCUGCGCGAAAACUACUUCAGUCGCCAGGGCGUGAGUCGCAGUUCGUUGGAACUAAACAUCCUGGCCUGUCGCCUAAUCCUGGAGCUAAUGCCAGGCCUGGAGACCACAGUGGUGUUUCAAACCGCCGACGAUGACGGGACCAUCAAUCGCAUCUACAGCUGGGCAGAAGACAGCAUUGAGCCGCUUCAGAGCUAUGCCACUGGCCUUCUGGCGGAUGCCAUGGAUGUGAGCGACAUUACCAUUAACUAUCGGGAUCAGAACAUGCGUCUGGUGCCCAAGAUGAUUAAGCGCCUGCACAUGCUGCUGGCUAUCAGCAAGAGUGGCGUCUCCGACCCCAACAACACAUCGAUGCACAAUCAAUCUGCAGACAGCAGCAGUGCUUCGGCUAGUAUGCUCAGCUGGGUAGCCUGUGCUAAUUCAUCCGCUCCCCAGUCACCCCAGCACAAUGGCAGUGGAGUAGGAAUGGGCGCAGGAGCUCCCUCCGUGCAUGGUGAUACUUCCAAUAUGUCCAUAUUGUUCGAGAACAGCCGGGAUGCCUUUCCCGUGUCGAGGUACUACAAGCGCAUGUAUAUUCCCAUGCAUCCGCCGACUGCAGAUACCAGCCAGAUGUUGAUCAUGCGCUACCUAACCAGUCUGGGCGAGUAUCAGGAGUACCUGGCCAUGGCCUUCGAGAACAAUGUGAUGCAGCUGAUCUUUGGGUAUCUGGAGAACCUGGAUCGUCGCGACACCUGUCUGGCCUACGAGGUGCUCAAGUAUCUGGCCUCGCUGCUCUGUCAUAAGAAGUUUGCCCUGGAAUUUAUCGCACACGGUGGCUUGGAGCUACUAUUGAAGGUUCCUCGGCCCAGUUUGGCCACCACAGGUGUUUCCAUAGCCAUUUACUAUCUGGCCUACUGCGAGGACGCCAUGGAGCGCAUCUGUUCCAUGCAGCGUCCGCUGAUCUCGGAGCUGGUUCGCUAUGCCCUUUGGAUUCUAGGGCGUUGCCACGACUCCUCCAAGUGUCAUGCCACAAUGUUCUUUAGUUUGAGCUUCCAAUUCAAGGUCAUAUUGGAUGAGUUUGAUGCCCAGGAUGGACUGCGUAAGCUCUACAAUGUGAUCUCCGUGCUAAAGAUCCUUGACCCCAGCCAUAACGACAGCGAUAACGACUCUGAGAUCAAUGAGGAUCAGGAGUGCGCCUCGCGGCAGAUGGUGCGCCAUGUGUGCGUGGCCCUCAAGCGGUACAUGGAGGCGCACUUCUUUUACAAGUACAACAGCUUCCUCUGCCAGCAUUACGCUGCUUCCUCAUCUCACUUCUUUAGCCAGAAUCCUACGGUGGCUGCUAAACUGACCUUUGAUCAACUGCACGAUCAAAUACGCACUCUUCAGGAGCACACAUCGAUCCGCGCCCAAUGGCAACCGGUGGAUCAGCUUAUGAAGCUGGGCGGCAUCACAAUGUUGCUAAGAAUUAUCGCCUUUAGCUACGAUUGGAUGAACACGGGACGCUCGGAGACGGUGCGCUCCGCAUUGGAUGUGCUCAGCGUUUGCUGCAUAAUCCCAAGGGUUUACGUCGUUCUCUGUGACCGUCUCACAAUGCUGGACAAGACCACCACAUCGGGUUUUUGCUCAGUGCUUGGCGCAGCCGCUGGGGAGAUUACAACGGACGCGGAGGUGCUCAAAUCAGCGCUGGCGGUGCUCUGCCAUUGCGUCUGCUCGCCGAUUAUCCGCAAUCCGGAUAGCAGCAGCUCCGGCGGCCGGCUGAUGAAGUUUGGGAACUCGUCGCGCAAGAACAAGGCCAACAACAAGUAUGCCGAGGAGUUGAUCGAGCGCGUGUGGGAGUCGGUGUGCUCCAACAAUGGUAUCGUGGUGCUGCUGUCGCUGAUGCAGACCAAGGGACCGAUUACGGAUGCGGACUGUAUACGAGGUAUGGCCUGCCGGGCUCUGGCGGGACUUGCUCGCUCCGAUCGUGUCCGGCAGAUUGUGAGCAAGCUUCCACUCUUUGCCAGCGGACAGCUGCAGACGCUGAUGCGAGAUCCCAUACUGCAGGAGAAGCGUGCGGAGCAUGUCAUCUUCCAGAAGUAUGCCCUGGAACUCCUUGAGCGCGUGUCGGGCAAGACGAAGCCGCUGAACAAUCCGUUGGAUCCGUCGCUCUCGAACAUGCACAAAGCAAACGUGAUUGCCCAGACGCGCAUACAGUACAACAAGCAGCAGCUCUACCAGCUAAUCUUCGAGCACCUGGAAAGCAACGGCCUAUCGCAGACGGCCCAGAUGCUCCAGCGCGAGGUGGGCCUGCCGCUGCAAACACCGACCACUCGGAACUUCCACCAGUCACCCUUCGAUUACAAGACCCUACCCAGCGGCGGCAGUAGCUCGCUGUCUCGCAGUCGCCUGCGUAGUCGCAUGCAGGAUGUAAAUGCUGCUAUUAUGGCCAGCGGUGAGCCGAACAGGAGCUUCAGCGAGCACCCACUGCUAGAUACAGCUGGAGCUGGAGACGGACCUAGUGGCAGCAGCGGCAUACCGAACUUUGGUUGCCUCAACUCCAGCACCCAGACGCCGCCUAUCAAGAUUCGGCGAACGGAACGCCACCCGUCUAUAAGUUCUUCGGUCAACCGCUCGAACAUUAUUCAGAAGCACAUGAUGGAGCCGGGUGGCAUGACCAUGGGCUUGCCCGACGACCUGGCCCAGCCGCAUCCCAACCGCGUCACUUUAAACACCAUUGUAACAGAAUAUCUCACCAACCAGCAUUCGCUGUGCAACAAUCCGGUGAUAACCUGCCCACAAUUCGAUCUGUAUGAGCCGCACAAAUGCCCCGAUCCGCGGCCCAGUCGAUUGUUGAGCUCCAACUUCAACCUCACCAGCCGACAUGCUCGCACCCAGGCGGGCUUCAAUACCAGCCGCUUCGAUCGUCGCUAUGUGCACACACACUUCUCGCCCUGGCGCACCAUUCGUUCGGCCGACUACGAGGACCUGGAAUUCACCUGCUGUGACCUGGUGGGCAAGUACAUCAUCGUAGGCACGCAGCAGGGCGACGGCCGUGUGUUUAACUUGAACAACGGCGUGGAGCAGUUCUUCUCGAAUUGUCAUAACUUUAGCGUCGAUGCGAUCAAGGCGAAUCGUGCUGGGGAUCUGGUCAUCACAUCCAGCUUUUGGCGCAUCCCCACCAGCAUUCUGUGGUCCAUAGCCGACAAUGAGUUCAAGCUGAAGCUGCGCCUGCCCGACGUCACCUACUGCGAGUUCAGUCAGACCUCGCAAGACCGCCUGUUGGGCACCCAAAAUGAGUGCGCCACCUUAUAUGACAUAAAUACGGGCACCAAGAUAUCCACAUUUACACCAACCAUCCCGAAUCUAUACACCAAAAACCGAGCUACUCUGUGUCGCACCGAUGAGCUCAUAUUGUCGGAUGGCGUUCUCUGGGAUGUGCGUUCGGGCAAAGAGAUUCACAAAUUCGACAAGUUCAAUCAAUGCAUAUCGGGCGUCUUCCAUCCCAACUGUCUGGAGAUCAUUGCCAACACGGAGGUCUGGGAUCUGCGCACCUUCCACUUACUGCAAACGGUGCCCGUGUUGGAUCAACGCAACUGCACCUUCUCGCCCAUGCACGUCAUCUAUGGCGCAAGCUUGGGUGCGGACAGGGACCAUGACUCGGAGACGACCACCUACGAUACGAGCUUCAACGUGCUGGACGCCUACGAUUACUCUAGCAUUGCAACCAUCGAUGUGAAGCGGAACAUCAACGAUCUUAGUGUCAGCGCCAACGGGGGCCUCAUCGCGGUGGUUGAGGACUACAGCGGCUACGAUUCCAAGCAGGAGACCUACGUGAAGAUCUAUGCGGUGGGCGUGAAGAAGGGCGAGCGGUCGGAAGAGGAAGAUGAUGAGGAGGUGCCCGAAUCUGAUGAGGACGGUUCGGAUACGGGCUCUGAGACAUUUACUUUAGGUCCUGAUUUUAUGGGUUUCCCCAUGCUGCGCCGCAACCUCAACGGCAACGACGACGAUGAUGAUGAUGGCGACUUGGAUGAUGGUGAUGGCGACUUGAUAAGUAGCGAUGAAGACGGGGAUGAUGACGCAGAUGAUGAUGCAGAUGGGGACGAGGAUAUUGAGGACGAUGUCUUUGACUAUUUCGCCAAUGCCGACAGCAGCUCAGAUGAUUGAGAUCCGUUCCUCCUGCCGCUCCCAGUGCCUCGUCUCACGUCUCCUCUCUCCACCUUUCCUGUUGCUCGUUCCACCUUUAUUUUCGGAAGUGGUGGAUCCACCACCAUAGACGGUCAGAGACAUCUCGUUGCCAAUUUAGGAUAAUACUUUUAGGGAGCCCUAGUUUGUAAGCUGUUACCUACCCCGUGUUAUUUUUUCAAUUUUGUACAGAAAGGAAAAGAAGAAGUGGGAGCAAAUGAA